CCGCCCGCGGCGCGCCGAGACCCCAGCCCGCGCCCGUGGCAGGCUUCAUCAGCAGUUUCUUGAUGUUUGGAAAGUUCUGAGACCCACCCUGUUAGACUACUUGUGCCUAAGACUACAAAAACGUACGUGUGAAAGAACCUGUCUUCCUUCUUCCACUGAAGGAAGUGUCCAUCGCAGCACUGUGGAAACGCCGUGCAGGCCUUGCAAGGCAGGAGAACAGUUUGUGCUUCCCUUGACGCUCGUGCGCAAUCUCUGCUUCUUAUGCACUCCAGCACCCCUAUCAGCUCCUUGUUCUCCUUCACCAGCCCCGCAGUGAAAAGGCUGCUGGGCUGGAAACAAGGAGAUGAAGAAGAAAAGUGGGCAGAAAAAGCUGUUGAUUCCUUGGUGAAGAAGUUAAAGAAGAAAAAAGGAGCCAUGGAAGAACUGGAGAGGGCUCUGAGCUGCCCGGGUCAGCCCAGUAAAUGCGUCACGAUCCCACGUUCCUUGGACGGGCGGCUGCAGGUGUCUCACCGCAAGGGGCUUCCCCACGUCAUAUACUGCAGAGUGUGGCGUUGGCCUGACUUACAGUCUCACCAUGAGCUGAAACCACUGGAAUGUUGUGAGUUCCCUUUUGGCUCAAAACAGAAAGAAGUGUGCAUCAACCCCUACCAUUACCGGCGGGUGGAAACCCCAGUCCUACCUCCUGUACUUGUUCCAAGGCACAGUGAAUUUAACCCUCACCUCAGCCUCCUUGCCAAGUUUCGAAACACUUCUCUGCACAGCGACCCACUGAUGCCGCACAAUGCCACAUACCCGGAUUCCUUCCAGCAUCCUCCGUGCACCCCUUUCCCUUCAUCCCCCAGCCACAUGUUCUCCCAGUCACCCAACAGCAUCAGCUACCCCAACUCACCAGAAAGCUCUUCUGGACCAGGAAGUCCCUAUCAGCUCACAGUGGAAACUCCACCUCCACCCUACCAUGCAAGAGAACCUCCAGGAAUCCACAAUGGACGGUCAAUGGAUGCAAUAGCUGAAAGUCAGCUAGUGCUGUCUUUGCCCAAUGGAGGUAAAUCUGCCGAUGGAGAAGCUGAAAACUUUCGGCCUGUUUGUUAUGAGGAACCCCAACAUUGGUGCUCAGUUGCCUACUAUGAACUCAACAACCGAGUAGGGGAGACUUUCCAGGCCUCCUCUCGAAGUAUCCUUAUAGAUGGAUUUACAGAUCCUUCAAAUAACAAAAACAGGUUCUGCCUGGGUCUGCUCUCAAAUGUAAACCGCAAUUCUACUAUAGAAAACACCAGGAGACACAUAGGAAAAGGUGUUCAUCUUUACUACGUUGGUGGAGAGGUUUAUGCUGAAUGUGUCAGUGACAGCAGUAUUUUUGUGCAAAGCCGCAACUGUAACUACCAGCACGGUUUCCAUCCUGCCACGGUCUGCAAGAUCCCCAGUGGCUGCAGCCUCAAGAUCUUCAACAACCAGCUCUUUGCCCAGCUUCUUGCCCAGUCAGUCAAUCAUGGUUUUGAAGUGGUGUAUGAGCUGACCAAGAUGUGUACGAUUCGAAUGAGCUUUGUUAAAGGCUGGGGAGCAGAGUAUCAUCGCCAAGAUGUUACAAGUACACCCUGCUGGAUUGAGAUCCAUCUGCAUGGACCAUUGCAAUGGCUGGAUAAGGUGCUGACACAGAUGGGCUCACCUCACAACCCCAUCUCCUCAGUCUCUUAAGAAUCAUCUCUAGAAUUCCCCUAGGAUGGAUGCUAUUGCAGGCAGU